AUGGCACGUAGCCUCUAUCCGGCGAGAGUACGUAGAGUUGCGGAUUUAUACAAUUCACGAAUCCUCUUUAGAGCUUACACAGAGAAACUCAAAGCAAAAUCCUCGAUAAAGGCACGCCAGAAUCAGGGCCCAAAUUUGGUGAAAGGUUUAGUAGACUAUAUGAGAGUCCUGGAAGACCGAAUUGAUCAACUAGAGACUGGGCAAGAAAGCAGAGCCAGUGCGAAUAAGAAAGGAAAUUCCGCAUCACAGGGCUCGAAUGUGAAUAACGCUGUUGAAGUUACCGUCAAAUUCUUUAAUUCAAGACUGUACCUCGAAGAUGACGGCAGCUUUAUAGGCGUGCACUCUGGAACAGAAGAGGGUACUUUCAUGUGCGACCACGACACUCAGCAUCUUGUCCGAGCCCUUUACAUGAAGACUAGAUAUGAUGGGGAAAACCCCACGAAACGGGCAGAUUCCAAUGCCCCCGAUCCAGACGAAAUCGACAUACUUACAUUUGGUAUCUCAUCCGAAGCGGUCACCACUUUCCUCCGAAAACUGUUAAACGUCAAUACAGAUAGCGACAGUCACUUGAUCCGGUUCAACAAGCCCUUCCGGCCCCUAAUCCAGAAUAUUGACCGCAUCAGUGCCAAGCUUGAAGAAUUAGAAAGUCGCUAUGGACAAGUGGUUAUCGACAAUGUUGAAAGCUUACAGAAAGCUCAGAAGUCGUCUUCUGAAGCACCUAAUACAGAGGUAAACCGUGAGGAAACAAAGGCUCUUCCAUUUGCACCCCAUAGCACCGAUGAAGAUUCCGUCUCUCAGCAAUUUGAUCUACCUGAAGCUCUUCCUCACUUCCAAGUCUUCUUAAAGUUUUUAUAUGAGUAUCUUGGCAAGCAAAUUCGACUGUACAAAAGUUUACGUCAAGGGAUGGAACAAUAUGUAGCAUUUGAGAACCUCUGGAUGCUAUUUGAUCCAAAUGAAACUAUUUACUGUCCACUUCGGGAAGCAGGGAUGGAGACGUAUCGGGAUAUAGACGGUACUACCUAUACUCCGGUCCGAAGGUACACACCUCAGGCUUACCGGGUGGUGGCCACAUUCGGAGGCAUGUCAAUCACGAGGAAUAUACCUCGACCUCCCCGGUCUAAAGAGCUAAACAACUCUCUAUAUUUUACAUCCUCCAACAAACCCCCUCUGGAGGUAGAGACUAAGUUAGAGGCCGGAGACAUUACCGAAGCACUGACAAAUACUCAGAUUUUGAGGAAGGUCAGAAACAGCUACACCGAGUUCUAUGUAUAUUGUUUCUACGUCGAUUUUGAUGGAACCAAAUACGGUAUUGUUCGGGAUAUUUUCGUCUUCAAACCAUACGAGCGGUGCAUGGAGAUUCGUAAUCUCCAAGCAUAUCCGGCCCGGUAUAUGGCGCGAGACCGUCUCCAUGAGCGUGGUAACAGCUUUCUCAACGUCACCAAUACGGCUCAUCUCCAGUACCAAGGAUCGAUCGUUGGGCCAACUCGAGAAGAAAUUAAUAGCCCCGUCAUAAUAGAUACCAAACUAGCUUUUGAAGGUGGACCUGAGACGAAAAAGGCUUAUAUUGAUGUUCCGAAAUUCCCAUCUCCUCUACCCCUUAUCUUAACUAUUUCCACGAAGGCGGAAUCUAGCUAUGGCAUUAUUAGCUUUUCAACGUGUUCUCAUAAAUGGUGCUAUAGUAGAUUUUGUAUGAAAGAUGUGUAUAUCGAGUCCCGGAUCGGACAGAUAUACGAGAUUGAGUCAGAAAUCAAGGUUUCACUCGAAGAGUACGAGGGUGAAAAACAACGAGGCGAAGAAGGUAAAAAGGAGUUCAGGAAAAUUAUGAAAGAAAAGGACAUUAUCAGGUUGUUGCCGGGGGCAAUUCCGGGAUUCGCUCUUAGAAACAGAAAAUGGGUCCUCCUUGACCUCAGACGACUCAAACCGGUAGAGCAGAAUGAUGAAUGGGACAAUCUUGUCCUCCCCGAAGGUCAUCGAGAGAUGGUUCAAGCCAUGGUUGAGACGCAUACACAGGAGCUCGGGUUUAACAAAGACGUUAAAAUCGGGAUGGAUUUAGUACCAGGGAAAGGCAGAGGAUGUAUUAUUCUCUUGCACGGCGUACCAGGAGUUGGAAAAACUUCCACAGCAGGCGACAUUGGCUAUAAGCCCGAAGACGUAGAGAGAAAUAUGGAAAACCAUUUUAAGCUAGCCCAUAGAUGGGGUUGUGUGCUUUUACUUGACGAAGCAGAUGUAUUCCUUGCUAAGCGAGAUCAAAAAGAUAUACAGAGAAAUGGUUUGGUAUCCGUAUUUUUACGUAUCCUCGAAUACUAUUCCGGAAUCUUGUUCUUAACAACGAAUCGUGUUGGAGCCAUCGACGACGCAUUCCGAUCGCGCUUACACUUGACUCUCUACUACCCGAGACUAACCAAGAGGCAAACCAGAAAAAUAUUCAAACACAACUUCCAAAGAAUUGCGGACCUAAAUGAUUACCGCGAGAAGAAUGAGCUAUCUCGAUUCGAAUAUGAAGACUGCGAAAAGAAAGUAAUGACUUGGGCUGCAGAAACUUGGAAAACGCUAAGAUUGAAUGGUCGCCAAAUCCGCAACAUGUUCCAGACGGUUCUGGCCCUAGCUGAGUUUCGGGCCAAAAGAGAUAGCAAUCGGCCAACUAAUGUCGCUGUGAAGGUCAAGUAUUUCAAGAUCGUCGCCAAUGCCUCUGUACAAUUUAACCAGUAUUUGCUGGCGACUCACGGCGCGGAUGAGGAUACGGUGGCAAAGCGUGAAUACGUGCGAGCAGUGAAUUUCAGUCCCUCUUCUGACAUAGGGUUCAAGGGAUUGGAUCAGCCCGAUACCGAUUCUAGCUCAGAAGCUGAUAGCGACGAGGAUUCAGGGGCAGACAGUAGCUCAGAAUCUUCAAGCGAGUCCGAUAAACCAAAGAAGAAGAAGAAGAAAGCUAGCAGAGGGAAGAAGGAAAAGAGCUCGAAAGGUAGUACCAAGAAGGGUAAGAAGAGUUCAGAGAAGACAGGGAAAUCCGGGAAGAAGGAUAAAAAGAAGGAGAAGGGAAAUGAUGACGAUGAUGAUGAUGACGACGAUAGUGACACUUCUGAUUGAUUGUACUUCUAUUGAAUGCAACUUGUUGGGUUGAUAUUUGGAAGGUAGUAAUCGAUCUUUUCUUCACUUUGUCUCUGGCUUUAUAACAGUUUAACCAUCUAUAACCCCUUAACCCCUUCGAUUAUACUUACCCGG